AUGGCGGCCAUCAAGGACGACGCGGAGCUCGGGAACGAGCUCAUCCAGCUGCAAUGUCGCUUCUACGAGAACAAGUACCCGGAGAUCGACGAGCUCGUCGUCGUGAACGUGCGCUCGAUCGCCGAGAUGGGCGCCUACGUCUCGCUCCUCGAGUACAACAACAUUGAGGGCAUGAUCCUUCUCUCGGAGCUGAGUCGCCGCCGCAUCCGGUCGAUCAACAAGCUCGUGCGCGAGAAGGGCUACAUUGAUCUCUCGAAGCGCCGCGUCUCGCCCGAGGACAUCCUCAAGUGCGAAGAGCGCUACAACAAGGCCAAGACGGUCCAUGGUGUCUUGCGCCAAGUCGCGCAGGACACGAGCAUCGAGCUCGAAGACCUCUACCAGAAAAUCUCGUGGCCGCUCUACAAGAAGUUCAAGAUGGAGCAGCCGCUCGGCGCCGACGACGAAAAGAAGGUCGAGUACGUGCACUGCUACGACGUCUUCAAGAUGGGCAUCACGGACCCGUCGGUGUUUGAUGGCCUCGACCUGACGCCCGAGACGCUCGAGUCGCUGCGCACGCACAUUCGCCGCCGCCUCACGCCGCAGCCGAUCAAGAUCCGCGCCGACAUUCAAGUCACGUGCUUUACGUACGAAGGCAUUGAGGCCAUCCGCGAAGCGCUCCAGGAAGCCCAGCACACGGGCACGGAAGACGUUCCGGUCAAGGUCAAGCUCAUUGCGCCGCCCAUGUACGUCAUGACGACCAACACGCUCGACAAGGUCAAGGGCAUUGCGACGCUCCAGGAAGCGAUCGAGAAGGUGCGCACCAUCAUCACGGCCAAGGGCGGCUCGAUCGUCGUCAAGAUGGAGCCCAAGGUCGUCUCGAUCAACGAAGAACGCGAGUUCCUCCAGAUGAUGGAGCGACUGGAAAACGAAAACCGACCGGUCGACGGCGACGACGACGACGAGGACUAG